AUGAUGCAGGAGUCUCUUUUUGAGGGCUCUAAAUCAUCAAUGAAUACAAGAGUUUUGAAAAUUCGCCACCAUAUAGAUUCUUUAACUAAAUACUUGGCACCUCUUUUGCCUAUAGCAAACUGUCAUAUGGUGGAGUUCCUAACUCAGAACCACUGGGAUGGACUUUUACCUGAAUCUCUAAGAGACACCCUGAAUGGUUUACAGUUAAAUGAGGCAGUGGAACAAUUCUGGACUGCGGCUUCAAGCAAAGAAGCAGAUAAUUCUAUUCUAUCCAACUGGAUCCACACAGCCCGUUCCCACUGUGUAUCUGUCAACAAUGACUACUGCUUGUCGGCUGAACAGCUGCGCGAACGCAUCAGGUCAUGGGGCGGAGAGAUCAAACCGGAGAUCAGGGUGAAGGAGUUUAUGACCAGCAAGAAGAGUUAUGAGGUACAGACAAUGUCCCCGCUGGUGGCGGCGCUGCAGGGCGGCGCGGGCGCGCGGUGCUGCGUGGAGGCGGGCGGCGGGCGCGGGCCGCUGGGGCUGGCGCUGUGCCUCGCAUACUGCGCGCACUGCCUCACGCUCGACUGCGACGCCCGGGCCGUCGCCGCUGCACCACACAGGAUUAAGAUUAUACAGAAACAAUGGCAUGCAAUAGCGAAACGUGUAAAAAACGGAAUAGAAGAGCGCAUAGACGAGAGCAUAAAUAAGAACCUUCAUAGAUUUGCCACCGCCUACAUUACGGAGCACACCGACAUCGCCAGCUUUGUGAAGGAUAAGUUCCCUGAGUUUGCAGACCAAGAUGUCAAGUUCCUUCUCACAGGUCUCCACACAUGUGGUAACCUAGGCCCGGACUCCCUGCGUAUCUUCGUGAACCAGUCCAGCACUGCUGCAGUAUUCAACGUGCCAUGUUGCUACCACUUGCUCACUGAGGCAGUGGACGGCCAGCUGUUUGACGUCUUCCAGAGGGACUAUGGUGGAGAGGAUAGCAGGCAAGGGUUCCCCAUGUCUGAGUAUUUGAGAGGUUACAACCUUGGCAGGAAUGCGCGAAUGUUAGCCGCUCAGUCCAUAGACAGGGUGGUCAACGACCGACAGUUACCGUCCACCAGCUUGCUGUACAGAGCUUUAUUACAGGAUAUAAUUCAAAAGCAGCUACCAAACCAUAAAAUAUCGGAAGGCAAACUGAAAAGGAUAACUCCGAAAUGUGAAACAUUCCGACAGUACUUCAAAAUGGCGGACGAAAUUUUAAAAUUGGAACUCUAUGACAGUUUGCCUGCCAGCUUUUUUACGGAUGUAGAAAGAAGUAUGGAUUGCCAGUGGAAAAAACUUGUGUUGUUUUAUUUAAUUAGGUUAUGUUUAGCUCAAGUUGUUGAGAGUUUGAUUUUAUUAGAUAGAUUGUUGUUUUUAUUUGAAAAUGGGUUUGAUAAUGUUUAUUUAGUGAAAUUGUUUGAUCCUGUCUUGUCCCCAAGAUGUCAUAGUAUUGUAGCUGUAAGAUAG